CUCGCCCGCAUUUCUUGGUAUAAUAGCUGAUACGAUGCUUCGCUUUACAAAUUGGCUGAACACAUUCACACUUCAAUUCCCGCACACUAGUAUCUUCGUCUUUGUGCCCGCUAUGUGUCGAAAGCGCGGUGUUAAGAAAGGGGAGCGGAAACCUCACAAUCAGGGGUUUCAAGGGUUUGCAAAUCUCCUAAACAUGGACCCAGAUCGCUUCCUGAUGGUCUUUAAUCGCUUCGACCAGUUGGCCAUGCACAAUUUGGUCUAUCUUCAGGGCGAGUUAUUUGACCUGAAGCAGAAGUUCGAUUUUUUGAAUGCUGAGGAUAGUCUGGGCAAGCCCUCGUUCAGCUGGAACGAAAUUGAAGAGAACGGUUCUAUCCCCACGACUAGGCCUUAUGAAGAAAUGACACAGGCGCAGCGAAGAUUUUUUCUAAUCAAGAAGAUCCGCCAAAGAAUGGCUGAGUACCGCGAGGCCUUGUUACAGCAGGCCCGGCUUAAUGAGCUCGACUCGCCAAUUGCAAAGACUCUUGAGUCAAUUUACAGUGUGAAGAAAAGUCAAGAAGAAAAGAAUGCGGCCUUCAAAUUUCCAGACUUUAUGGGGAAAUUGUACAAGGAGGAGAAAAUACGGGACCUUGUUUCUCUACGAAGUCCAGUCGUCCAAGACUCCUGGGUCUCGGGACUGGAUAGCUGGAAGCGAUUUAGUUGCGGUAUCAAGCGAGAUGAAUCACAUAUGGGCUUGAAUCUCUACUCAUAUGAUGAUGUCGUGCGGAGAGCUAACGUGGUCUAUGUCACCCUUGCUCUAGUUGGUAUCAUUGCUCCCACGUUCGCUCUCUAUGCCAUCGGCCGUCAUGUCUCGCGGAACGCCGCACCACGGAUCGAACUUGCUCUCGCGGGCGUCCUCACCGCUGUGUUCUUCAGAUUCUGUCUCCUCUUCAAAAUGGGCCGAGCCGAGCUACUGGGGACGGCAGCCAGUUACCUGGGAGUUCUGCUGAUCUUCCUCAGCCUGAAUCUGCCCGACUGAUGCUCCUAUAAGUGGCUGCAUUCGGUGGCCUGUAAUAAGCUCAGGGCAAAGAGAUCUCUAGGACGUUUGGCCUAGGCUAAAUGGGAUUAUAGGUUGUCCGAUGUUGCAAGGUCGCCUGUCCUAUCUACUCUAGUCCAAAAUCUUGCAUUCCCUGGCGCGACCGUCUCCCUGAUGACCCCGCCAACGACGUACUGACUGACUACACAUGGUGCUAGUAGUGGCCAUGAAUACCUCUGAGAUCGCCUCCCAUCCGCCUAUUGAAGAACAGCUUCGCAUAAUAUACUUCAACCUCAC